GCGCCACCGGGGUAUAUAGAUCUUAUGGCAAAAUGCUGGAAUGAAGAUCUCGAACAAAGGCCAAACUUUGAAGCAAUCUGCAAACAGUUAAAAGAAUUACAGGGUAAUAAAAAUGAAAGUCUGGUUGAGGCUUUAGUAAAUCGUUUAGAAGAUUAUGCCAGUAACCUUGAAGAUAUUGUUGCAGAUCGAACUGAACAACUUAUAGCCGAAAAGAAAAAAUCUGAAGCGUUACUAUAUCAAAUACUUCCCAAGUCAGUAGCCGAUCAGUUAAAACAAGGAAAAGCAGUUGUACCAGAAACGUAUGAAUCUGUAACUAUUUAUUUUAGUGAUAUUGUUGGUUUUACUGCCAUGUCCUCUCAAAGUUCACCUAUGGAGAUUGUGAAUUUUUUAAAUGAUCUGUAUUCACUGUUUGAUGGCGUUAUUGAUAACUUUGAUGUAUAUAAAGUAGAGACAAUAGGUGAUGCCUAUAUGGUUGCGUCUGGUUUACCUAUCAGGAAUGGUGAACAACAUGCUGUAGAGAUAUGUCGUAUGUCUCUAGCUUUAUUAGAUGGUAUUAAAACAUUCAGCAUUAGACAUCGACAGGACGAUACUCUUAAACUAAGAAUAGGUAUACAUUCAGGUCCCUGCGCAUCUGGUGUUGUUGGUUUAAAGAUGCCGAGAUAUUGUUUAUUUGGUGAUACAGUGAAUACUACAUCUAGAAUGGAAUCCACAGGGGAAGCCUUGAAAAUCCACGUGAGCCAGAAGACAAAGGAAAUACUGGAUAAAGUUGGGAAUUUUAUAACAGAAUAUAGAGGCAGUAUACCAAUGAAGGGUAAAGGUGAACAGACAACGUACUGGUUGAUAGGAGAAAAUGAAAGUCAGGCGUGAUGUUGUAAAUGAUGUAAUACAGCCUAUUAACACCUACAUUUUGUAUUUGAUGACGGAUGUUCACUAGUGAAUCAUAAAUAUCAUUAAGAAUGCAAUUAAAUCUACAUUAAUGAUAGAAGAAAUCGAAUCAAGAAGUUCCCGCAUUUCAGAGUUUUCAGUCCCAAUUCUGGCUCAGAAUCAAACAACUGUUUGUGAUAAUAUUCUAACAUUUUAAAAUAGGAAUUCCAACUCCAGAGCAAGGAAAUGUCCGAUCUUAGUAGCAGUUGUAGUGGUGCGGUGGGGGCGGGGGUAAAUCUACUUUAAAGUAUCGCAGACAAAGUUCGUUGGGUGUUCUUUGUCAUUGUCGAUUCUUGAUAAAUACUAUAUUAGUAUUUUAGAACUGUUGUAAAAGGCCAUCGCUUAAUUUUAUGAUAUUUUACUACUGAUCUCAGGCUAAAUACAACAUCGUCUUGCGUAACCAUUGACAACAGAUGAAUUAAAGGAGCUAAAUCGCUAAUAUUUUGGACCUAGAAAUUGACACAAAUGGGUCACAAUGCAUAUAAUAAUGUAUAUAUGAAUGUAUAUAAACUGAUUUACAUUCAAUCGUUUCCGUUUUUACUGUAGUUUCAAAUCAGUUAUGUUCGGCGAAAUACGCCAGAAGUCUCAAUCGAAUGGUAAUCUCUAACGUCUGAUUAUUCCAGUCUACAUCGAUAGUAUUUAUUGCGCAUUCUCUCUAGAAAAAAAUAUGACGCACCGUUUGACAUGACUUGUGGAAUAUGUCUAGCCUCAUUCUUGGAGUCCCUUGUUAGAAAUGUUGCUGAACGCAUUAUGGUCCACGAUUCAUGUACCAAGAGUAAAAUGUUUAUUUUGUCUUUAAUCAGGAGCCCGUCGUUUCCCGGUAAGAUCACAACAUCAAAGUUAGCUACUUUAAUAUCAACUAGAAACUAUUUCCAGGUUUAAAACAAAAACAUUGCGUGUAUAAUGACUUCUCUUGGACACGAGCCAUCUUCUGAAAUAGGUUACAAGAUAAUUUGGUAGUGAAAAACACGGGUUACGAUUCCUUCCGAGUGCGGUUCCCUACAUUUACGAGCCGUCAUAGAUUCUGUAUUUAUCCAAAUGUUAGAAUGUUACCAUAGCAAGCCAGCAGACUCGACGCUCAUAAGGCGACCCCCACCGUACAAAACUGUCUUUGAAUGGGGCAUUGGCGGCUAAUAUCUCCAGAUUCCUUCUAGAUUGUAAACUCGAGUUCUACACUACCGUCCUUUAAUGAAAUUAAGCGCUUAUUUAAAAUUGUUAUGUUAUAUAUUAAGCUGUUGUUAGUUUACCUUUACUUUCAUGUUAAAUUUAUUAUUGUAGAUAUCAACCGAUAAUUUACUGAAUAAAAAAUUGUUAAAAUU